AUACACAUUUAACACGCACACAGUUUUACUUACAUAGUUGUAUUAUGUCUUUGCUUCGUGUCCUUUAUCCACUAGCCAAUGAUUUUUGUGUCGGAAAAAAUCGUGCAUUAUUAAUUCAUGUUAUAUAUUGAUUUCGGACAAGUUCUUUGUUAAUACUCUAUAAAUACGUUCUUAAAAACAAAUUCAGUAUAAGUGUAGUAUUUUGUGAAGGCUUGACAGUACGUCAAGGAAUACAGUAGGCAGAAAAGAAAGCACUUCGUAAAAAUGUCUGGACCUUUUGUUUUCAAUAGUUAUAUAUAAAUUUGAUAGGAACAGGAGCACUGAAGAAGAAUGAAAUACUAGAAGUGUAAAUUAUCAAUCAGCUGGACGGGAUUUAAAUUAACCAAAAUGGAUCCCUCACUAUAUAUGCAAUACUCACCUCCUAAUGGACUACCUCAGGAAUCCAAAUUGGCCACAUAUAUGAAUCAUUCUGCCACCCCUCCUGCAAGGUCUUUGAAUCAAUCUUUGAAUCAUUCAAUGAGCCAGCUCAGUUUGGAGUCUUCACCUCCUGCCAUCAGGAAGGUAUUCAUAAGUGAAUUUGUACCCAUGAAUUACUUCGCUUUACCACCUCCAACGAAUUUACUACCCGAGUCUCCAGAAAACUCGCCACCUACUACCAUGGUCCCUGUGCCCAAUAUACAAGUACACCAGGAGAAUGUUGGUGGUACAACAUACUUUUAUUCGACCAAUGAAGCCCUCAAUGCUUCCGGAGCCAUGAAUUCCUCGGCUUCUUUGGUUAAUUCGGACUCUUGCCGCGGAGUUAACCCAGGCCCCAGUGCAUCUACGUCAUAUGCACCGCAAAUGUUCUGUAGUACACCUAGUCAUAUGGUGCCAGGCCCAAUGAUGUCUAAGCCUGGUCCGGAACAAAUGAUUGGAGCUGGUGGUGGUCCGAGUCCAUCUUCCGCUUAUUCCGCAAUGUACACUCCAACUCAUUUGGGACCUAAUCUGAUGAUGCCCAAGCCAGUUGGUGCUGAAGCUUGUCGUGGCGCAAGCGGAGUGCCUGGUCCGUCAACAUCCUACGCCUCUCAAAUGUACUGCGCCACUCCAUCUCUCAUGGUGCCAGGCCCGAUGAUUGGCAAGCCUGGUCCGGAACAGAUGAUGGGAGCUGGUGGAGGUCCAAGCCCAUCUACAAGCUACGCAGCGCAAAUGUUCUGCGCCCCUCCGACUCACAUGGCUCCAGUGCCCAUGUUCCCCAAGUCCGGUCUUGCUGAGACAUUCUACACUCCAGAAACUAUUAGGGCCGAGAUAUACCAGCGGGACAAAGACAUAUUUGUGAUGCCAUACCAAUACAUAGAGUUACCAGAGCAUGUGGAGAUGUAUACGGAGUUGAUACCGUUAGAGUGCAUCGGACCCCACUCUCUGACUUCAUCUUAUCGCGUUGCGCACCGCCAGACCGGUGAAUAUUUUGCUAUGCGUCGUCUGCACUCGUAUGCCUCGAUUCCCAACGCUCGCAUUGAUCUCUGGAAGCAAUUGGAUCAUCCCAAUGUGGUUAGACUCCUGGAGUGCUUCCCCACCGCAGCUUUUGGUGAUAACUCUUUGGUGAUGGUGUAUGAUUAUCACCCCGGCUGCGAGACGCUGAUGAGCAAGUACAUUCGCAACAACAACAUGGGGAAUUCAUCUGACGCCAAUGGCACUUUACAUGAUCCAUUCUCAUCUGAUCCGGAUGCCCCGCGUCCUUAUACUCAUCAGAAAAACGCGAUGCUUCGUGCUCUGGCUUGCGGUGCAUUACUCCCGGAGGCGGUUCUGUGGAGUUUCCUCGUGCAGCUGACUGCUGCCUUGCGCGCCAUUCACACCGCCGGACUUGCUUGCAGGACCUUGGAUCCAACCAAGGUGGUGAUGAACGGAUGUAGAGUGCGCAUUGCCUGGUGCGGUACUGCUGAUGUGAUGGAUCAUUCCCAUGGCAUUGACAUUGUGCAGGCCCAGCAGGAGGAUUUGGUAGCUUUGGGCCGCCUGGCCCUUGCUCUCGCAAUUCGCUCCAUACAUUGCGACAACCUGGCUGCCUCUAUGGAUCUAGUCGCCAGGUCUUAUUCUCCUGAUCUGCAGAAUUUGAUCAUAUUCCUGCUGACUAAAUCUCCCGGCCGACGCACCGUUACUGAUCUCAUGCCAAUGAUUGGCGCCAGGUUUUAUACUCAGGUGGAAGCUUUGGAGCGUCGUGCCGAUGUGUUUGAAGAGCAGAUGAGUCUGGAAAUGGAUAACGGUCGUCUCCUGAGACUCCUGAUCAAGCUUGCUGUCGUUAAUGAACGUCCCGAAUUGAACAUGGACCCUGAGUGGUCGGAGACUGGUGGUCGUUACAUGCUGAAGUUGUUCCGCGACUACGUGUUCCAUUCGGUGACUGAGGAUGGGAGGCCUUGGUUCGAUAUGUCCCAUCUCACCUACUGUCUCAACCAUCUAGAUAGUGGUACCAACACUAAGGUGAUGCUGAUGUCUCGCGAUGAACAGAGCGUGUUUGUGGUGACAUACGCGGAGCUGAAACAUUGCUUGAAUCAGGCCGUUGAAGAUGUGCUGCAUACAGCCGUCUUGUAAAAACAAACGCAAGAUAAAGUCGUUCCAUUCGAUAUAUAUUAAGCCAAAUGUCAUAAUAUACUAACAUUUUUUUUCCAUCUGUAGUAGAAUACUACUACAGAUGAUAAAAAAAU